CAGGUACACUCCUCCCAGCUACCAACCCAUUAUUGCCUGGCUGUCCUCUCUCUGUAGUUCUUCUUUGGCCGGGGGCGAUUGCAGAAUGGACGAAGUAGAAGUCUCCAAUGUGGAUUCCGAACACUACCACAAUCAGCUCCUGCUCUGGAUGAACUCCAAUGAUCGACCUCUGAGCGCCGCAUGCUUUCUCAAGCAGGAGAACUCCAGCCCAUGCUCCGCGGCGGGUUCUCUGACCCAUCACAGUCCCAGCGGGUCUUCCGACUCUAGUGGCAGCUUUGGCAUUUCUUUGAGUGGUCUGGACUCCCCGCCAGGGUGUGGAGGCCACAGACAUUAUGAAGGCUCAGGGAGGAUGGGGACCCCCACCAAGAGUGAGUACCCACUGACUGCGGGCCCCAAGCGUCUGUGUCUGGUGUGCGGUGACGUGGCCUCCGGCUACCAUUACGGCGUGGCAUCGUGUGAAGCCUGCAAGGCGUUCUUCAAACGCACCAUCCAAGGGAACAUUGAGUACAGCUGUCCGGCCUCCAAGCAGUGUGAGAUCACCAAGCGGAGGAGGAAAUCCUGCCAGUCAUGCCGCUUUGCCAAGUGUCUGAAGGUUGGAAUGCUAAGAGAAGGGGUCAGACUGGACCGUGUGCGAGGAGGCCGGCAGAAAUACAAGAGGCGCCAGGACCCUGAGGACAAUGAUUUCACCAGACCACUAAUACCUUCUGCCCAUAAAAAAACAUACAUGAGGACGAGGAUUGUUUCGCACCUUCUGCUAGCGGAGCCAGAGAAGAUCUUUGCCAUGGCAGAUCCCGCUGGUCCUGAUAGUGAUAUCAAAGUGCUGAGCACACUGGUUGACCUCACUGACCGAGAGCUCGUCAUGACCAUCGGAUGGGCCAAACACAUUCCAGGAUUCUCCUCGCUCUCCCUGGCAGACCAGAUGUGCCUACUACAAGGAGCCUGGAUGGAGAUUUUACUGUUGGGAGUUGUGUUCCGCUCUCUGCCGUACCAGGAUGAGCUGCUAUAUGCUGAGGACUACAUCAUGGACGACAUGCGGUCCCGGGUCUGCGGUCUACACAAUCUCUACAUCUGUACAAUGCAGCUGGUACAACGAUACCGCAAACUCCGCUUGGACAAGGAGGAGUAUGUCACACUGAAGGCCUUAGUACUUACUAACUCAGACUCGGCACACAUUGAGGACGGCCGAAGUGUUCAGGAUCUGCAAGAUCUCCUCCAGGAGGCACUACAUGAAUAUGAGAUCAGCCAUCACUGCGAUGAGCCGCGGAGAGUCGCCCAGCUUCUGCUCACCCUUCCUCUGCUGCGACAGACUGCCAGCAUUGCCAUCCAGCACUUCCACAGUGUGCGGGCUCAGGGCAGAGUGCCAAUGCACAAACUCUUCCUGGAAAUGUUGGAGGCAAAUUGUGACUGAGUGGAGAGUGGUCCUGGGCUGACAUACUGAACCUGUGACCCUAAGGAAAGACUGGGCAUUAUAAAGGGCGGUACUCCCAUCUGUCUGGUGCUUCACUGGCACAUGUUAUAUGACAGAGGGCACCUCCAGCAUGGGACAUUCCCUCCAGGAGAUCAGAAUUCCAAGAAACUUGAGUGAGGGCCCAUCGCACCCAGAGAGAGUGGGCUCUGCAUCUCUGACUGCACCCCUCUAUUACUGAUUGAUUCCCUCUGUCUGUGACUGAACCCCCUGGCCCUAACUGCACCCCUCUGUCCCUAACUGCACCCCUCUGUCCCUGACUGCACCCCUCUGUCCCUGACUGCACUCCUCUGUCCUCCACCAAACUCCUCUGUCGCUGACUAAAUCCCUGUGUCCCUAAGUGUAAAUCUGUGUACCAAACUGCACCCCUAUGUCUCCCACUAAACCCCUAUGUCCUUGACUGCACCCCCUCUUUCCCUGGCUGAAUCCCACUUUCCUGGACUGCACCUCUAUGUGCCCUGCUAAAUCCCUCGUUCCCUUACUGAAUCUCAAUGUCCCUGACUAUAACCCUGUAUCCCCGACUGCCCUCCUCUGUCCUUGACUGAACCCCCUGUCCCUAACUGCACCCCUCUUUCUCUGGAUGGACCUCUCUGUCCCUGACUGCAUCCUUAUGUCCUCCACUAAACCCCUCUAUCCAUGACUGAACCCCUAUGUCCCAAACUGCAGCUCUAUGUUUCUGGCUGUACCACUUGGUCUCUGACAACACCCACCUGUUCCCCACUACAACCCUCUAUCUCCAACUGCACCCCUAAUUUUAGACUGCACCUCAUCUCUCCAAAUGCACUUUACUAUGUCCGACUGACCCCUCUGUCCCUGAUUGUACCUUCUGUCCCUGCCUGCACCUUUUGUGUCCCUGAUUGCCACCCUCUGCCCCUAAACUGCAACCUUCUGUUCUUGAAUGCAACCCUCUGUUCUUGGCUGCACCCCUAUGUCCCUAAUUUUAUCCACUCCCUUGUACCUGACUGUACCCCUCUUUCUGUCUCUGGCUGCACCCAGUCCCUCCAUGUCCUUUAUCCCCUGGUGCAGGGCUGUCUUAAUGAGAGGGCACACCUGGGCACUGCCCAGGGGCCCCAGCUGCAUGGGGGACCCCUG